AUGGAAAAAGAACCAUUCAAUAAUUGCUUGUUCGCAAGCACUAAAGAACCACUAAAGGAUGGGCGUGAUAUCUGCACAAUUGUUGAUUGGGAGUCACUACUAAUAUUUCCCAAACAUGUCGCUUUUAAGGGUGACAAUGGCUUGUAUCUGAGUGCUCGUUGGAUUGAAGGACACGAGUAUCUCCAAUACGCAUCUAAUGAUCUAGGAGAUCCGACUGUGGGUCAAGAGAUUUUUACAACCAAAGAAGGAAGCAUCCGCGUGAAAUCUGAUUACUUUGGUAAAUUUUGGAGGCGUAGUCCAAACUGGAUAUGGGCUGACACAACAAACCCCAACAAUAAUAAUCCCGACACAUUAUUUUGGCCAGUUAAAAUUGCUAGCAAUGUUGCUGCUCUUCGAAACUUGGGUAACAACAAUUAUUGCGCAAGACUCACAACUGAAGGUAAAAUAAGUUGUCUCAAUGCUUCUGUCUCAACUAUUCCUAAGGAGGCCAAGAUGGAGGUUUCAGAACUUAUCAUUUCAAGGCAAAUCUAUAAUGUCAACUUUCGUCUCCUUGAUGCUCGAAUCUAUGAUGAGAAAGUUAUCACUAUGGCCACUGGAGUUGCAGCAAAUAGGACACAUCAAGAAAAUGAAGCAACAAUCACACUGAAAUAUUCAAAUACUACAAGCAAUACUUAG